CUUAUACAUGCAUUUAUAUAUAACUCUCUACUUCCCUAAGAAAACAAUAUCCCACAUCUCUACUCAUCCACAUUAGUCAAAGAUCUCUAUUGGUACUUCUCAAAUGGAUCACAAAAUCCUACUAACACCUCCCAAAUCUUUAUACACCAAAUGUAUCAUAACCAUCAUUUACGUCGUAUCAAUAUCUCAUCUAAAUGCCCAUUUCAUAACUUCAUGCAAACAAACCCCAUACCCUAGCGUCUGCGACCACCACAUGUCUAAUUCACCUCUCAAAACUUUAGACGACCAAACGGAUGGGUUCACUUUCCACGACCUUGUGGUCAGCUCCACCAUGGACCAGGCCGUGCAACUACACCGCCUUGUCUCUUCCUUGAAACAGCAUCAUUCUCUCCACAAACACGCAACAUCAGCUUUGUUUGACUGCUUGGAGCUCUACGAAGACACUAUAGACCAACUCAACCACUCUCGGAGAUCGUACGGUCAAUAUUCUUCGCCACAUGAUAGACAAACCUCGUUAAGCGCGGCCAUAGCUAAUCAAGACACUUGCAGAAACGGAUUUAGAGAUUUUAAGUUAACCUCUUCGUAUUCAAAGUAUUUCCCGGUACAAUUUCACAGGAAUCUCACUAAGUCUAUUAGCAACUCUUUGGCAGUUACUAAGGCUGCUGCUGAGGCUGAGGCGGUUGCCGAGAAAUAUCCAUCGACGGGGUUCACUAAAUUCAGCAAACAAAGAAGUAGUGCCGGAGGUGGUAGCCACCGGAGAUUAUUGUUGUUUUCCGACGAGAAAUUUCCAUCGUGGUUCCCUCUUUCCGACCGUAAACUACUGGAAGAUUCCAAAACUACGGCAAAAGCCGAUCUUGUGGUGGCUAAGGACGGUUCGGGUCACUACACAAGCAUUCAACAAGCGGUAAACGCAGCUGCCAAACUUCCUCGGAGAAACCAGAGACUUGUGAUAUACGUUAAAGCCGGCGUUUACAGAGAAAACGUGGUAAUCAAGAAAUCGAUCAAGAACGUGAUGGUUAUCGGAGAUGGCAUCGAUUCUACCAUCGUCACCGGUAAUAGGAACGUUCAAGAUGGCACGACGACGUUUAGGUCCGCAACUUUUGCUGUUUCCGGCAACGGUUUUAUCGCACAAGGCAUAACAUUCGAGAACACGGCAGGACCGGAGAAACAUCAGGCGGUGGCUCUCCGAUCAAGUUCAGACUUCUCCGUCUUCUACGCCUGCUCUUUCAAAGGCUAUCAAGACACUCUCUACCUUCAUUCUAGUCGUCAGUUCUUGAGAAACUGCAAUAUUUACGGAACCGUCGAUUUCAUCUUCGGAGACGCAACCGCCAUCCUCCAAAACUGUAACAUCUACGCUCGUAAGCCGAUGAGCGGCCAGAAAAACACGAUCACCGCUCAAUCACGCAAAGAACCCGACGAGACUACUGGCUUCGUCAUCCAGAGCUCGACGGUGGCUACUGCGUCGGAAACUUAUUUAGGACGGCCGUGGAGAUCGCAUUCGAGGACGGUUUUCAUGAAAUGUAAUCUUGGAGCGUUGGUGAGUCCGGCGGGAUGGUUGCCUUGGAGUGGUAGUUUUGCUCUUAGCACUCUUUAUUACGGUGAGUAUGGUAAUACCGGCGCCGGAGCAAGUGUCUCCGGUAGAGUUAAGUGGCCAGGUUAUCAUGUUAUAAAGACGGUGACAGAGGCGGAAAAAUUCACGGUGGAGAAUUUCUUGGACGGAAACUAUUGGAUUACGGCUACGGGAGUACCGGUCAACGAUGGACUUUGAUUUUUUUCUUAAAAGAAUUAAUUUUGUUAGUGUGGUCUUUGUUGAUUUUAUGUUUUUUUUGUUUGUUGGCGUAUAAUUGUUAUAUAUAGCUUUAUUUCCCAAAUCCCAUGUAACAGAUGGAUUGUCUUGAAUCUAUAUAGUAUCUAUAAUAGCAAACCGAUUGACUCGCUCUUGGAAGAUUUAUCGACAAAUUUUGACCUCACAUGUAUUACAAAACUUUUUUGUUUUUGGCUCAAACUUCUCAAAGAUCCUUUAUUGUUU